CACUUGUGUUCGCUGGAGUAAACGCUCGCUGGCUCCUCCUCUCACACUGACUGGCAGACGGCCACGCCGAACGCUCCCAUGUCCGCCUCGCCUUCUUUUUUUCCCCUCCGAGAAGCUGCGCUCCAGGGACACAUGUUGAAGCCUCCCAGGGGGUGCGCGUCCCUUUAGGGCCCGCAGAGCCGCGUCACCCGCUUCCUGGUGUCCAGGUCGGCCGAGGACCAUGUGACCACUGGAAGUCCCCCAGCGUCAAGUGACCCGGCUGCGCUGGGAGUCCGAUUCGGCUCACUUUAACAGGCACCCGAGCUCUCGGUCAUAAUGCUUCUGUUUUUGGUGGCAACCACAACCUCGUCUAAUUCGAGCAGCAAUGGCAACCAUACGCAAGAGGGCGUCCCGUCCACCGGCCACCACGUCCUCCCCAUCGUGCUGGUCCUGUCCCUGCUGCUGCUCAUCGUCGCGCUGCUGGCCUGGUACUUCCUCAGGUUAAAAAACCAGAGGAAAGCGGUGGUCACCACAGUGGACAAGAAGAUACCAAAUGGCAUCCUGGAGGAACAAGACGCGACGGUGGUCCUCCUGCCCCGAUCCGCUUCGGCCGCCAAGAACUACCCGCCGCUCGCCGUGGAGCACCUGGAGGACGAGUACAGGCUGCGCUCGGCUGACGACGGAAAACUUUUCCGGGAGGAGUACAACUCUCUGCCGGGGGGCCACGCCCAGGGGACGUACGAGGAGGCCAGCAAGGACAACAACAAGGACAAGAACAGAUAUCCCAACAUUCUUCCCUAUGAUCAUUCCAGGGUGGUGCUGACGCAGCUGGAUGGAAGCUCCGCCUCCGACUACGUCAACGCCUCGUACAUCGACGGUUUCACCGUUAAAAACAAAUUCAUAGCAGCACAAGGUCCAAAAGAGGACACGGUGGCCGAUUUCUGGAGGAUGAUUUGGGAGCAGAAGGUGUCGACGGUCGUCAUGCUGACCAACUUGAAGGAGAGGAAGGAAGACAAGUGUUACCAGUACUGGCCGGAUCAGGGCUGCUGGACCUACGGGAACGUGCGCGUGGCGGUGGAGGACUUCACCGUGCUGGUGGAUUACACCAUACGCAAGUUCUGCAUACAAUACCAAUCCAGCGACGCCGCCAAGACGCCGCGCCUGGUCACGCAGCUGCACUUCACCAGCUGGCCCGACUUCGGCGUGCCCUUCUCGCCCAUCGGCAUGCUCAAGUUCCUCAAGAAGGUCAAGGCGGUCAAUCCGCAGUUUGCGGGGCCCAUCGUGGUCCACUGCAGCGCUGGCGUGGGUCGGACCGGCACGUUCAUCGUGAUCGACGGCAUGAUCGACAUGAUGCACGCCGAGCAGAAAGUGGACGUGUUCGGCUUCGUCUCCAAGAUCCGAGAGCAGCGCUCGCAGCUCAUCCAGACGGACAUGCAGUACUCGUUCAUCUACCAGGCGCUGCUGGAGUACUACCUCUACGGAGACACGGAGCUGGACGUGUCGUCUCUGGAGGGACACCUGCACAAGCUGCACAACACCUUCAACCAAGGAGACCGCGUCGGCCUGGAGGAGGAGUUUAAGAAACUGACCAACAUGCGUAUCAUGAAGGAGAACAUGAGAACGGGGAACCUGCCCGCCAACAUGAAGAAGAACCGAGUUCUGCAGAUCAUUCCGUAUGACUUCAACAGAGUUAUUCUCUCCAUGAGGAGAGGUCAGGAGUUUACCGAUUACGUCAACGCAUCCUUUAUAGAUGGAUACCGGCAGAAGGACUACUUCAUCGCCACGCAGGGCCCGCUGCAGCACACCGUGGAGGACUUCUGGAGGAUGGUGUGGGAGUGGAAGUGUCACUCCAUUGUCAUGCUCACCGAGCUCCAGGAGAGGGAGCAGGACAAGUGUUAUCAGUACUGGCCCGCGGAGGAGUCGCAAACGUACGGCGAUUACGGCGUGGAGAUGAAGGGCGACGCCUUGUGCGACACUUUCAGCCUGCGAGACUUGGUACUCACCUUCCUGCCGGAGAAGCAGACGCGCGUGAUCCGGCACUUCCACUUCCACGGCUGGCCCGAGGUGGGCAUCCCGGCCGAGGGGCGGGGCAUGAUCGACAUCAUCGCGGCGGUGCAGCGGCAGCAGCAGCAGUCGGGCAACCAUCCCAUCGCGGUGCACUGCAGCGCCGGCGCGGGGCGGACCGGUACGUUCGUUGCACUGAGCAACAUCUUGGAGCGCGUCAAGGCAGAAGGCCUGCUGGACGUCUUCCAAACUGUCAAGAGUUUACGCAUGCAGAGGCCGCACAUGGUCCAGACGGUGGUGAGUAGUCGCGCAACGGAUGGCACUUGUGUGAAUCGGGCAAAGGUUUUUCAUUUUUAUAUACAUUUGAUAUUUUUUUAAAACUGUUUACACAUUUUAAUUGAUUUAACUGCUCUUUGUCAUUAACUUGCAUUUUCUUGAAUCAUUUACUACCUUUUUGUAUUUACUUUUAUCAACAUCAAUUUGCAUUUUUUUUCGUAAUUAUUUCACUAAUAUCAUUUGAAUAUAUUUAGCUGCUUUCCUUUGUGUUGUUUUUAUUUUUUUUUAGUAUUAUUUCUGUAUCUGGCUGCUUUUUUCAUCCUUUUUUAUUUCAUUUGUUUUCACUCAAAAAAUAAGUUAGUAAAAAAGGCAUUGCCUUUUGACUGCUUUUAUUAGUCAAUAUUUCUUGGGUGGACUGUCAUCUUUAUGUGCGUAACUUCUUUUGUUUGUUUUUAUCAUGUUUUGUUAAGGUUGUUGUAUUGGCCUGUUUUUUUUUUUUUUUUUUUUUUCUUCUUACUAACGUCAUUUAAAAAAAAUACAUUUUGCAUUCAUAACAAUUUUUCUUACCAAUGUCAUUCUUUUAUUUACUUGACAAAUGUGUUACUUUCAAAUGUAAAAUGUUUUCCUCAAUUGCUCAUGAUUGGUAUAUUUUUGAACGCAAAGUGGGUCAAAUGUGUUGAUUGCGUUUCACAUUUGAUGUUGUUUUUGUGUUUUUGAGCACAGGAGCAGUACGACUUCUGUUACAGGGUGGUACAAGACUUUGUGGACAUUUUCUCCGACUAUGCCAACUUCAAAUGAGCCGAUUCUCUGCCUUAUCAACGUUGUGAUUGUCCUUUCUGUUUGACUCGUCGUUGUUUUUUUUCUAAAGCCGGUCGAUAAAUGAUCUAUUUUUUGCUAUGCACUUGUCCUAACAUCAACUAAACCUACGUCCCCCCUGUAUUAUAUAAAAAGAAUUGUACAUGAGUUAAAUAAAACAAAGUGGUAAUUUAUAUUUUGUGGUAUGUAUAAUAAUUGUCUCUUUAUUUCAUUUUUCUUGUUGUAUAAUAUUGUACUUUGGAAUGUUUAUGUCCAUGUAAUAUUUUUGAAAGUUGUAAAUGUAUUUAUGUACCGAAAAGCCACAUUUUCUGAGUUUUCUUUUUAAUUUUUUUUUUUCUUCUCUCAUUUCUUGAUGACUGCGACGUGUUCGUGAAGUCCUCGAACGUGAUUCACGUUCCAUUAUGUACUCGCAAAAUGACUCUUAAAUUGUCCUUUUGACACCGGGGGGGGGGGGGAAAGCACAUAAGUCAGCCUUUUACAGCCAAAAAACUUGCAAUAUGUAUCUUUUUUUUUUUGGGGGGGGGGGGGGGGGUGCCAUACCCGUUUCAUUUUCUUUGAACCCUCAUUUUAGUGAAGGCAGAAUUUAGAUUUUAACAAAAAUAGGAAAAACAAAACCAAAAACGUGAAACUGCAGUAAGAGUAACAGCACAGGAUUUCAAAAGUGAUCGAAACAAUACAACAUGUUUGGGUUGUCUCUUUGUAAAGCGUCUACAUGUCAAAUAACUCGAUGGCUGCAUUAAACAAAACUUUGUGAAUAAUUUCA